AUGUUGCUUACUAUAUCUCAGCCGACCAAAAGUGAGUCCGGCAACAGAUACACCCAUGAGUUCAACCCAAGAAUAUCGCUUCACAAGUCGCGCUUUUCUCCCAAACUACGGGUUGCCAGUAACCCCUCACCGGUGAGCUCGCUGCCGGUCAGCGCGACACCGGACGAAGCCAAGAUGACAACUCCUCAUCCUCAUCGCGGGCUGCCUCCUCCUUCUGCAAUGACUCUUCCGGAUCCGAGCAGGACUGGACCUCCACCUCCCUUGAGCCAACAGCUGGGAGCAAUUCCAGAGCCUCCGAGGCAAUGGCAGGGCCAGGAAGAUCACAUGCGCAACUGGCUUGCUGCGAAGGCCGAGGAGGACAAGAGGAAGCAGGAAGAGGAAAAGACGCGGCAAGAGAGUCUGCGACUUGAGCAGCGCAAGAUCGAGCAGGCGAUGCUGCGUGAAUCAUUACAAGGCGGCGUGCCGCCUUCCAUGAUCCCCAUCAUAUAUGCGGGCAUUGGGGGAGGUCAACACCUGGUGAAUGUUAGCAUGGAUUGGUUGCAACAGUACGCCAGUCAACUACAAGCUGCGCAGCAGCAGCAAUUGCAGCAGGCGUCGCCCGACAUGCGACGAGAUGGGAGACUCAUAGGAGCUCCUCCGCCACCACCACCACCACCACCACCUUAUGGAGUGGCUCAGCCGAGUCAACAGCAGAUGCUGCCGAGUCAACCAACUGCUGAGCCCCAACCCCCAGGACCCAUCCACACGACGUUUUCGGCAUACCAACCAUCACCGGUGAGAGGCCAAAAUACUUCUGCUCCACGUUCCGCAACGCAUACGCAGCUGCCAAGGCUGACCACCAAUGAGAUGUAUGUUCACCAACCGCCGCAGCCCGGGCCAGGGAGCGCGCAUCCACUGCAGCAAAGCCAAACAAUCCAACAGGAACAGCUGUCAUCAUCACCUUCGAUAUACUUUCAUCAUUGGGUUCCGCCAAGUGAAUCCAAGAGCUCGAAUAUGCCACAAACUCCGGCCAGCCGAGGGGAGCCAUCAUCGGCACAUCCGAGUUCGAAUAUCCAGGAGGGUGACUACAAAGACUCGCCUCGCAAGCGAAAAGCGCAAGGGGGGCAUCAGGCUAAUCCGCCUCCUUCUGGCGGUCCGCAAUAUAUUUCGCCUUCGUUCUCCACAACCAGCUCCACGUCACGGAAAGGUCCGGGUCACGCUAGAACCAGAAGUAACGCGUCAGCCACGCGAGAGUCGGAUUCGAGACCGGAUACUGGAAGCAGUGUCGGAGCCCGGCGAGACGGCCUACCACCGCCAUCGUCGCAGAAGCCUGACCACAACGGAAACGGCGAUGGCCAUGGCGAAGAUCCACAGAGGCCUGCGUCUCGCGCUCAAGAGCUCGCUGAAGAGACGAUAAGGCCUACAUCUUCAGCCUCUACGCGCCAGGAAUCGCAUCCAGACCAACCGCGACCGGGAUCUCGCUGA